AUGGGUCUUGCCGCAGGCGGCAAGCUCGUGUGGCUCAUUUAUCCGCGUUUUUCACAGUUCAAGACAUCUAUCGCGACCGUAACCCAGCCCAAAGCUGCGAGGCUCGUCCAUGCCCACAUCCUGGAUCCGGCUUCCAGCGAGGCUGUGACCCAUAUCGUCCCUCCGCGGCCGCCAACGGACGCGAUAGGUUACAUCAAAGAGGACGGCUCGUUCUUCGUCGUGGAAGAACAGCCUGAGAACCGAGUUGAGGACGGAGACUUUGACAACGUCAAAUCUGUCUCGGGGAUGGACAAGGAUCAAGCUGUCGAACCAGAAUCGUCGCUUGAUCCAACGCAGGCAGCCCAGUGCAAAUGCGGGAUCAGAUUUUGUGACUGCCGUUUUUGCAAUGGCUGCAUCCGCGAAAUGGACCAGUCGUCAUUGACUAGGGCCUUCACUUCCGCCGAGCCACAAUCAAGAGGCAAAUGGGUAUGCGCGUCAUGCAAAGCCGCGGUAACCUACGUCGCGGGCUUGUCUGCGCCCAUGAACCUGUCUGGAGAAGAAAGUUCAAGGUCAGCGUACUGGUCAAUGGGCUCGAGGUCAAGGAUGGUAGAGUCGGGUUCAAAAUCGUUCAGCAGUCAAGGGUCUGAGAGGCUGGCUCGAGAGCAACUGCUGGAACCUUUACGAAGUAUCUAG